CUCCCUUCCCUCCCGGCCCCGCUGCCAGGGGCGAAGCCGCCCGCCGGGCCCCGCGGCUUUUUUUUCCUUGGAUUUUAUUACUGGAAAACUCUCUAAUGACAGCUUUGCUUAGGAGCUGAGUGUUGUGACCUGCCCUACUUCUCUCUGCUGAGUGUGGGAGCAACCUGAGGAAGAUCUUGGAGCCACCUGUACUGCUUCAUGCAGUUAAAUGUUCUGAGGUCAUGAAACUUAAUCCACAGCAAGCUCCACUGUAUGGUGACUCUGUUAUUACAGUGCAGCUGACUGAGGAAGAUAAAGUUGAAGAUGAUGUAGUUUUUUAUUUGGUCUUCACUGGAUCAACUGUCCAACACUGCACAAGCACGAGAAAGAUUAAUCCUGGGAGUCUGGAGACAAUUUCUCCUGGCCAUGACUGCUGUGAGACAGUGAAGGUGGCACUUUGUGCCUCUAGAGAAGGUCACCCCGUUCUGGUUGUGGCAGAAGAGAGUUUCCAGUUUGUCCAGGACGAAGCCUACGAUGCCGCCCAGUUUCUGGCCACCUGUGCUGGCAACCAGCAGGCGCUGAAUUUCACACGCUUCUUGGACCGGUCAAGGCCACCUGCGGCAGACGUGGACUUUUUGGAUGAGAAAGUGGCCUUGGCAUUUCGACACCUGAAGCUGCCGGCAGAAUGGAACGUGCUGGGAGCAGACCAGUCCCUGACAGAGAACAUCCCUCGGGAAACACUGAUGCAUUUUGCGGUGAGGCUGGGUCUGCUGCGGCUGACGUGGUUUCUGCUCCAGCAGCCGGGUGGAAGAGGAGCUCUCAGCAUCCACAACAACGAAGGGGCAACGCCUGUGAGCCUGGCCUUGGAGAGGGGCUACCAGAAGCUGCACCAGCUUUUGACAGAGGAGGGAGCCAGGGAGCCGGACUCGUGGAGCACCCUGUCCCACACUGUGCACUCGGGGGACUACAGCGUGAAGCACCACCGCGGGCUCGACGUGUACCUGCUGACAGCUGAGGCCAAGGAGGGGACAGCAGCCAGCUGGGAGAGGGACAUUCAGCACCUGCAGAUGCACAUGCAGAGCCACCAGCACCAGAGUUUAAGGCAGCAGACAGAGCCUGUACUGGGAGAUUCUGGAGACAGCUGUGCUAAAGGAGCAGAGGGUCAUAUGACCACCACCUCUCAGAGCCUGGAAGAAAUGGCAAGAGAAGAAAGGCAGGAAAACCCAUCUGAUCUGGUUCACCUGGACAUUGGGCAGCUCUCAGACCAAGCCCAGCAGGAGGAGAAAUGCAACAGCAGCAGUCUGGGAGCUUUUAAUGAUGCAACAAAAGACAUAGUUAGCCUGGGGGGUGCAAACAGCCCAGCCAGCUUUUAUGAAAGUAAAAACACAGAGAUAUUGUGUAAAAAGGAAGGAGAGGCGGGGCUAAGAUCUGCAGAGGGCUCUGGGACUAUAUCAGAUGAGGACUGCACUGUGAGCCUGUGUGCAAGUGUCAAUGGUGCUGUAAGUCUUCCAUGCUCUGGAAAUACAAAUGAGGAAGCUGGAAUGACAUCGGCUGGAAUUGUUCUGGAUCAAGCUGGCGUGGGCAGUACAGACAGUGCCCAUCAGGAAGUGCAGACUGCAGAGGAGCUUGCUGUCAGUGCUGCUGCUGUGGCUGCAGCUGCAGGUGACACCCCAGCUUCCUUGGGGGGCCUGGAUGUGGCCAUGGGCCAGACUGAGUGCAGGAACUGUGCCGGGGCACCUGAGAGGGCUAAGGGGGCAGAGGAUGGGCUGGCAGAGCCUGGUGAGAGGACUGCAAAGCUGGGAGAGAAAUACCCAGCUAAGGAAGAGUCAUCCAGCCCUGCUCAGCCCUUACUCAGUGGUUUCAACGGCACUGAGUGUUCGGAUGGGGAGGAUGCAAAUGUGGGAGUGGUACCGGCCUGUGACGGUGCAAAUGCAGGUGGUGACAUUGGCAGCGCCUCUGAUGACCUUUGCAAGACCAGCAGUAACAAAGAGACUGAUGUGGACUCGUGCACUGCUCAGGUAAAUGGUGACUUCACGGAAAGCCAGGGUGAUGCCAGUGUCACAGCAAGGCAGGAGGUCACUGCAGGCACUGCAGAAGCAUUGCCAGCAGUGAAUGGGGUGCAGGUUCCUGCAGGCACAUCAAAACCUGCUGCUGGUUUCGAAGACCAUGGCAGCAGUGAGAGUGGGGAGCAAGAAGUGCUGCUGGAAGCAGGCUGCACAGAUGGAAAAUCCAGCCUGCCCUCACUGGAAGGCAGUGUGGAAACUGAUGGCCCUGAUGCUGAACCUGCAAACAGAGACGUUGGUGGAUCUAAUGAAAGUGGUGCAGAAAUUGCACAUUGCCAGGAGCGUGGUGAGAUUGCUGACCAUGGGGCUGCAGCCAUGGAGAGCAGUGAAAAGGAGCCAGUAGGAACUGAUACCAGCAGCUGUGGAGAUGGAGGAAGCAAAGAUUCUGCAAGUGGUGAUCAGGAAGUUGCUGCCUGUGCCCCUUCUGCUGCUCAAAGUGGUGUUAAAGGUGAAAUGGGCAACAGCUUCAAGCCAGACACUGCUCAGCAGGGUGAACGUGAGGAACGUGAGCCAGCAUCGCUCCCUCCAGAGGAUGCGAGCACAGGACUAGCAGAGAAAGAGCCUGCCCAGGCUGGAGCAGAGAAAGCAGAAAGCACUUCAGAGCAGGAGGGGAGGAGCAGCAAGGUGGAAUCUCCCUCUCCCCUACCCAGAGGAGAGGGGCCGGCUGUGAGUCAGGAGGGAGAUGCUGCAGUGGCACCUCCCGGGCAGGAGGCAGCUCUGCAAGGUAACGACCCUGGAUCAGCUCCAUGUGCCAAGGGCGCAGACUGUGCCGAGGAUAAUUUAAUAGGCACGCCCUCUGCAACUCAUAAUGAGGAAUCUAAACAAAAGCAGGAAGCGGUGGCGGCGAGGGCAGGCUCGGCAGAGCUCACCAGGCAGCACUGUGGGGAGCAUGGCGGGGCAGCUGCCACCUGGCCUGGGGACCAUGUUGGGGACGAGGGCUCCCCAGGGCAGGGCCACGCACAGCAAGCUGAAGGAGGCAAAGCUGAGCCUGAGCAGGAGGCUCAUGUGAAUGGCAAUGAGCAGGUUUUGUCAGAGGAACUUCUUGCUGCUGUUGUGAAACCCUCUGCCUGCAGUCUGGGGGGUCCUGUGGUGGGCAGCAGCAAUGUGGAUGCUGGGCUGAAAGCGACACACCAAUCCAAAGAAGAUUGCAAGGCUGGAGCCGCGGCUGCAGCAGAAGGCACCAUGCAUGGGCCUGCAUCAGCGGAUGAGUCACUGGGUGCAGAGAGUGACCCAUGUCCCAAUGCUGGGCUGAACCAGGAACAAGACCCCACUGAAACCCUACAACAAAUAUCGCCCCACAGCAGCACCCUGGAGUUAAAGGACACCUCAGAGGCAGGAGCCCUGAGCGAUGCCUGUGAGGGUGAGGAGGUGCCAAGGCCGGUGCCAAUAGCCCCAGCUGCAGUGUAUGCAGAGGAGCAGGAGGACACGGAGAGCGUGCUGCCCCGGGCAGCGCUCCAGCCCAUCGCCGAGGAGCCCACGUGUGACAGCGACUCCAGCACCGACACCGUCUGUCCGGCCGGUGACAACGACACUGCUCCUGCCCUGACAGGGGCUCAGGAGGAGGGCUCGGCUGAGCCCGAUGGAAAGCAAAGCCAAGCUGUACCUGCAGUGCCCUUCUCGCCGUGUUCCUGCCACCUGCAGGCUGUGGAGUCACUGGAAAACGUGGGAGUGAAGAGUUUGGUGUCGGCUAAUGGUGCCUCUUCUCUGGAUAAAGUUCCUAAAAUGGUCAGAAGUUUUGAUGCAGUGGUUUUUGCAGCAGAGACACCUUGUUCCCACGAAGUACCUGCUGCAGAAAAAGUGGGGCUUGAGCCCCAGACUGCAGUGGAUGCCAGAGCCAGCCUUAAUGGACAAAUGGAUUGCAGUUCUUCAGCAAAGAAGAAGAAUGUCAGCCUGGCAGUGCAAGGAGCUGAGCCUGUUACAGGGAUGUUGGAAAUGAAAACUGAGGACGAGGUGGAUUUUCAGAAGGACUGCACAGAGGAAGCGAUAAACCGUGGGAGCUGGUGUCCUCUGGAGCCAUGUCCUGACCCCUCCCUGCUGGAGCGCAAGCGCACGCGGGAGUCUCCAGAAUGUGAGAACUUCUUGGAGGAUGGGCUGAGCAGCGUCUGUGCCUCGUCACACGGUGGUCUUAAAAGAGAGUCUGGGAGUGAGUCUGACCUCUUCCCCUUGCCUGGUGAUGGGAUGGAAGACCUUGUCUUUGGGAAGCAGCCUGAAGAGGAGCAGUCUGCGUGCGAUGUCACCAGCUCCAGCUCCUCUGCAGACGACACCAUGUCCCUGGAGAGGAACUCCUCCCUGGGCAGCGACACGUCCCUCCCCUUCCCACCCGUGGGGAGCUUCGCCCAGCCCAAGGACAGACACAGCCUGGAUGGCAGCUGCACCAACAUGGUGUCCUCAGAAGGAGGGGAGAAGGAAGAAGAGCUGGACAGCAUCACGGACGUGCCCGCACCUUCCUCCGUCCUGCGCGGCUCCAUGCGGCCGCUGUCCCCCUUCCGCCGGCACAGCUGGGGGCCGGGCAAGAAUGCCACCAACGAGGCAGAAAUCAAUCAGAGGAGUUCAAUGCGAAUUCUGGGGGAUGGUAUAAAGAAGCCUCCCAUUCAUAGGAGAAGUUUGAGCUGGUGUCCCUCAGGCGUACAGUACAUUGCCAUGGGUCCUGACUUUACUUGUAGAAGUUACAGCCUGGAAGGCCUUGCUGGAGACUCUGGUGAGAACAAGAAGCCCUCUACAAACCUGGAGGCUUCUUCUCUGAGCUCCAAAGACCUCAGGAGGAGUCCACUUGCCAGCAAUCAGUCCCUGGUCCUGCUCACUGAGGAGCUCGAGCAAGGAGAAAUCAGAGACUACAACCACCAGGUGCAUCAGACAUCACAGCCACAAGGAUUUAACUUCUCCUCUUCUGCUGUUUCAUCUCCACUGACCAAAUCCAUGUCUCUAAUGUCAAUUAGCAAACCAGUGCUCGACACCCAGGGCCGGACUCGACCACCGAGACGAAUCUCCUUCUCCUUCAGCAUCUCUCCACUCAUUCCUAAGUCUAAAACUCUCUUUUCUAUUGGCUCUUCUUCCAGUGAUGAUGAGGAGGAGUUGGAUAGUGCGCAGUCCUUCGGCGGCUCCAUGGGCUCCUCAGUGCAGAGCAUCUCUGAAGAGAGCAGCAGUGUCUCUGCUGGUAAAGGUGUAACAAAAGUCAGCCGCACCUUCAGCUACCUCAGGAAUAAAAUGUCCAGCAGCAAGAAGAGCAAAGAAAAAGAGAAAGAUAAAGAGAAGACUAAAGAGAAGGACAAAGAUUCCAAGGAGAAGGAAAAAGAUAAGAAGCUGUUAAAUGGACAUCUCUUCACUGCAACCUCCGUUGUAGCCCAAGCAACCUGUUACCACUGUAUGAAGCCUUUCAAUAAGGAUUCGUACUACUGUGCAAACUGUAAUGCAAUUGUUCACAAAGGCUGUAAGGAGAAUUUUGCUUCUUGUGCAAAGGUCAAAAUGAAGCCACAGAGAGGGAUGCUGCAGGCACAUGAUACCUCUUCGUUACCCACAGUAACCAUGAGAAACAAAAGCUCGCAGCCGAAGGAGCGCCCACGCUCCGCGAUCCUCACGCCCGACGAAACCACCGUCACCUCCACCUUCAGCAACAGGAGAUCACAGCAGCCCACUGCCCUCUCCAAAAGUGUCUCCAUACAGAACAUUGCAGGAGUUGGGAACGAUGACAGCUUAAUACACACUUGGAAAUUCCUGUCUCAGUCAACAGACUCUUUACAUAAAAUCAGCCGGGUUAAUGAAUCCAUGGAGUCACUGGUUGAUGAAGGUGCAGACAUGAACGAGGGACAGCUCAUGGGAGACCUGGAAUUAGAUUCCAAGCAGCUGGAGGCAGAGUCCUGGAGCCAAGCAGUGGACAGCAAGUUCCUACAGCAGCAAUACAAAGAUGUUGUCAAACGGCAGGAUGUGAUUUAUGAGCUAAUGCAGACAGAAAUGCACCAUGUCCGCACCCUGAAGAUCAUGAAUGAUGUGUACAGUGCAGCCAUGUUAAAGGAACUGCAGUAUGAUCAGCAAGUCGUGGACAAGAUCUUUCCCUGCCUGGAAAACUUGCUGCACAUCCACAGUCAAUUUUUCCAGCGGAUUCUGGAAAGGAAGAAGGAGUCACUAGCAGACAAAAGUGAAAAGAACUUUGUUAUCAGGAGGAUAGGUGACAUCCUACUGAAUCAAUUCUCUGGGGAGAACGCUGAGCGGAUGAAGAAAACGUACGGCAAAUUCUGCGGGCAUCACAACGAGGCUGUCAAUUACUUCAAAGAGCUUUGCUCAAAGGAGAAGCGCUUUCAGGCAUUUGUCAAGAAAAAAAUGAGCAGCUCCCUGGUGAGGCGUCUUGGGAUUCCUGAAUGUAUCUUGUUGGUAACACAGAGAAUCACAAAGUACCCGGUCCUUUUACAAAGGAUACUGCAGUACACCAAAGAAAACGACGUGGAACAUGAAGACUUGACUCAGUCAUUAAACCUUGUUAAAGAUGUGAUUGCUGCAGUCAACAGCAAAGUCAGCAACUAUGAAAAGAAAAAGCGUCUUGAGGAGAUUUACAGCCGAACAGACAGCAAGUCCAUCAUGAGGAUGAAGAGUGGCCAGAUGUUUGCAAGAGAGGACUUGAGUCGUCGGAAACUCAUCCGCGAUGGGCCUGUUUCACUAAAAAGCUCAGGUGGCCGGUUAAAAGAAGUCCAGGCUGUUCUCCUCUCUGACAUGCUCGUGUUCCUUCAGGAGAAGGACCAGAAGUAUGUCUUCGCCUCACUGGACCAGAAAUCCACUGUGAUCUCUCUGAAGAAGCUGAUUGUGCGAGAAGUGGCUCAUGAAGAGAAGGGUUUGUUCCUGAUCAGCAUGGGCGGAAAGGAUCCUGAAAUGGUGGAGGUCCAUGCCAGCUCCAAGGAAGAGCGCAACGGCUGGAUACAGAUCAUUCAGGACACCAUGCACACCAUGGAUAGAGAUGAAGAUGAAGGAGUCCCUUGCGAGUCUGAGUUUGAAAAGAAAUUGUCCGAUGCGAAAGUGAAAGAACUGAAAGAACAACUUCAGCAGAAGGAUAAACAGAUUCUGCUCUUGCUGGAGGAGAAGACCAAGAUCUUCCAGGACAUGGCAGACAGUUCUGUGCAGGAGGAGUUGCCAAGCUCCAGGCUGCUCUUCAGAGCCAACACAGAAGAGGCUCCAAAAGGAGAGGAAAUCAUGAAAACAGCAAUAAUUGAAGUUGAACGGCUGCAGCACCUGGUGAGCAGGAGCCUGGGCACUGCCCUCGGACAGCAGGUCAGCAGUGCUGCCAUGGAUCAGGAGGGAGGAGUUGGCCCCAUCUCACUCCCUAGAAGGGCAGAAACCUUUGGAGGAUUUGACAGUCAUCAGAUGAAUGCCUCCAAGGGUGGAGCGAAAGAUGAAGGCGAUGAUGCUCAGGACCUUCGGAGAACAGAGUCAGACAGCAUUUUAAAGAAGGGUGGAAAUGCUAAUUUGAUGUUCAUGAUGAAAAGGGAUAAGGAGCAGGUCCUCCAAACCAUUACCAGCCUCCAUAAGCUGCUCACUGCUUUGCAGGGCGUGGUGCUGCAGCAGGACACCUACAUCGAGGACCAGAAGCUGGCUCUGAGCGAGAGGGCUCCGAGCCGGGGCUCAUUCCGGCCCGCCUCGCUGCUGGAGCAGGAGAAGCAGCGCAACCUGGAGAAGCAGCGCCAGGAGCUGGCCAACCUGAAGAAGCAGCAGACACAGCACCAGGAGGAGAGGCGGAGGAGGGAGAAGGAGUGGGAAGUGCGGGAGAAGGAGCUGGCAGAGCACGAGGCCGAGCUGGCGCGGCGCGAGGAGCAGGUGCAGAGGCUGAGGCAGGAGCUGGAGCGCGAGCGGGAGGAGCUGCAGGUGAAGAAGGCGGCCUACCAGCUCGACCUGGAGAGGCUCCGCACAGCGCAGAAGCAGCUGGAGAGGGAGAAGGUGCAGCUGAAGCAGGACGUGGAGAGAUUCGCUCAAAUGCGGCAGGAGCCUGACCACAACCAGGUUUCAAAUCUACAUGAGAAACUUGCAAGAGUCUCCUCCCAGUCCAGCACUGAGGAAUCCUCCAUGCAGAAGAACCCUUCCCUUCCUAAACAAGGGCACUUUGAUGCAGAACUGUCUGUCUCCCCCAAAAGGAACAGUCUUUCAAGGACACACAAAGAGAAAAGCACUUUCCAUUUGCUUAGCACAACAAACCAGACUAACAAGGCAGCUGAGGAACAGACCCAGAUGCCUACUCGCCUCUUCAGUUUAGCCAAACCAAAGGAGAAGAAGGAAAAGAAGAAAAAGGGCAGGGGACAUCGCUCCCAGCAGUCUGAUUCUCACUCGUCAGAAGCGCCUCCAGAGGGUGAGGAGAUCUUCUGCUGAGCAUGGACUGUUCCAGUGGUCACUCGUGGCAUUGGCACCAUGGACAUCUCCCUGCCUGUGACACAGCACAUGGCUGGUGCCUGCGCUGGACGAGCAUCUGGAGGUUUUAAAUAAAAAAAGUUCUGAAGUCUGCUAAGUGGUGGAUAAGGAUCUCUCUCCUGUGGUUUUAGGUGAAUUCUCCCUGCAGAGGCUUUGCCUGCACAGCACACAGGACCAUCUCCCUGUGCAAACCUGGGGUCAAAUGGAUUGGGGUAGAUGUUGUCUGUCUCUUCUCACUGCUAAAGGAUGAGAGAACAUAGCCUUAAGGGGUCUGUGCCUUCAAAUUCCCCUGUCCUGGGGAAAAGAACCAAAACCAAGCAUUUAGCAAAAGAUUAGGACUCUACAAAUGGUGCGAACACACUGGCAUAUAUAGAUAUACUGUAUAUGUAUAUAUAUAUGUAUCUAUGUAUCCACUGGGGUAUGCUUACAGUCCCUACAGCCAAGGUCCAUCCGUGGGGAUAGAUGAUACCUGAGGACUUUCAGGGAGUGAGUAGAUAUUAAAUAUCUUGCCCUUACUGCUCCGACUGUAACACAGUGACCUGCACACCCCUUUUGUGCUCAUGGGAUAGGGGCUGUUUGGUUUCAGAAGGGUACAUUACAUCAGGAAGCAGUAACAGCAUUCUGAAGCAACAACUCAGAGGAUAAAAAUUAAAAUUUUAAAUCAUUCUAAACAAUUUCUGUGGGGAAGAGGAAUCAAAUGUCAGACUGUUUUUAGAGUCAAUCAGAACAUUACUGGGUAGAUUUAAAAUGAUGCAGAAAAAGAAUUUUGGUAGGCUGGUAAAGCAAUCCCAGGGAGCCAGAAGAGACUGUUCAAAUGGAAAUAACAGUAAGCAACAUUUUUUUAACACAAUCUCUUUGAGCUCCAGCUUACUCCCUCCCAUUCCUGAAGUAAAGAUUAUGUUUUUGCCAGAAUAGAGCUCUCCAGUUGCAUUUGACAUCCCUGUACAAGCCUAAUGACUGAGUGGGGGGACUGUCUAAAAAUCUGCUUUUAGGGAUCUUUGUUCUGUUCUUUGUGGGUUUUUUAGCCUGUUUUUUGUGGACCUGUUGGGCUUCUGUUUCUCUGGAUUUUCUCACUUGCCCUGCUGGUUUCUGAGGCACAGUGAGAGUAGCAGUGUCCAGGCAGGUCAGUGAGAUGGGGCAGGCUCCAAGGAGAUGGCUCCUGUCCCUAUGGCUGUGCAGUACCGGGCACUUAGGAACCUUUUCUGGGGAGAAAAAGGUUCUGAUGGACAACCCCCCUGUGGGACAGGUCUGGAGGGCAGCAUGGUGUGUCCCCAUGGCUCUGGGGUGGAGUGUCUGUGCAGAACAGGAAGGUCCAAGGGCAGCUCUUGCUGUGCCAGCUGUGGGGUGUCUGUGCAGUUGUGGAAUGCAGGCGUGUGUUCAGUGGGGGAGGAGAAAUGCAACAAGACAUACUUUUCUCAAAAAUCACCUUUCUUCCAAACCCUGUCAGGAGAAUUACCCAAGUGGAUUUGUAAAUGGUUACCAGCUUCAAAAGAGGUCAAGGUUUUGCUCAAGAGUUUGAAGCUGUCGGGUACAUUUCCUUUCCUACCAGUUUUUUUUUCUUUGAAAUAACAAAUCAUUUCUCUUCUUGUACUAUUGUUUUAUUUCAGUUUGCUCUCAGGCUUGUCAUGAGCUGGUGACCCACAGCAAUUUUCAGAGUUAGUGCUGAUAAAUAUCAGCAGCAUUGAUGGUGAGGUGGAUGCUUGGGCUGGGCUGUCUUCGUGCAGGAACCCUGCUUGUUUGGAAGCUCUCUACACUAUUAAAAGUCAAAAGAAAAAGAGAAAAAAAAAAAAACAGAAAGGAAAAGGGUUGAGAUUUAUUUUUGGUUUUUUAAAUAUUAUUUGGUGCUUGUUCUUAAUUGCAAGCAGGGCUUGCAAAAAUAUUUAUCUUUCAUUUUAUCUGAAAGAGUUUUUUAAAAAAGUUUACUUCGUUUUAUUUUUUUAUUUCUUUUUACUUUUGCUUUUGUUUGGGGAAUAGUUUGAGGGUUUUUUUCCUCUUUCCCCCUUUUAAUUUUUUUUGUUUGUUUAUUUGUUUUGUUUUCUUACCAAAAGAUUGGUAAACCAAAUGUUCUCAUCUCCCUGUUUCCUACAAACCAUGGGGUUGGGCAGUGCUGCUUUGCAGCUCAUUCCAUGCCUAAAGUCACACGAUUUCAGCUGAGAGCUUUCUUCAAGGCAGAGCAUCUUCAGGCCAAAAAAAGUCUGGAAAAAGACACAAUGACUUCAGACAAGGCUCCUCCUGUCAAUUAGUUUUAUUGUUUAAACAUUUUAGUUAGGUUUUCUCAUUCCCUUUGGAGGCAAAGGAAGAAGCAAAGCAUGGAGUGCCUUGCAGUGAUGUGAGGGUCCACUUGCUCUCCAGGACCUGAGGGGAGCUGAAGGAGGCACGUGCUGGUGCUGUGGAGUUACCUUUUCCAUAAGAAAACCACCAGCUUCAGAAAGUACCUUCUGCCCUGCUGUUUUUACAUCUGCAAACACGAAUGGGCCAAGCUGGAAUUUCUGGAAACCAAAGCAGUGUGUGCCUCAUGUACUGUUGAGUGAGCAGAGAUCAGGGCACUGGUACAUCUGAGUUCCCUCAGUCUGGAACAGCCUUCACCACUAUGAACUUUUUAUUUUAUCUCACUGUCUUUGUCCCAGUCCCAGCACAUGCUAUAUUCACAUCACAGCAGUGUCCCAUGGCUCUGAGAAGGGCACCAAAAGGCAGGUGAGUGACCCAGGGCAGCAGGAUUGAGCCUGCCUGGCUUCACCAUCUCUCCUGACCUGUGCAAAUCAAAAAGAGCAUUCAGUGCCUGAAGUGCAAAUACUAUUGCCUAGUGAUCUCCCAAGGUCCCUGUGGUUCCUUGACAGAAACCACAGGUGUGAGUCAGAAAUACACUGACCAGAAAUCCUGUGUACCAAACAGUUUGUGUCUUAAAUUCUGGUGGACAGACCUUUGUCCCUGAAGGAUGUCUGUUACUGUAUGAUUCACUUUUUUGGAAUGGAGCCUCUCCUCCCACACUGCUUCCUCCUUCUUUCACCUUUAGGAAGGUAAGGGCUUGUUUUUAUCUCUUUAGCCUUUUAUUUUUCCCAUCACAGGUUUUCUUUGGCUUGGCAUAGGUUCCCAAAGUCUGAGUCCUGCUCUGAUCCCUAAAGGUUGUCUAGCAUUGUCUGCUAGAGUAUUGUCCCAGCUUGACAGCACCAAAACCUUUCCUCUUCCUGGUCUUAAAAUUGCAUUUGCUCCAGUUCCAUGCCUGGCAUCCAUCCUGCAGUUGUUGAAAGCAUUUUAUUUCUUCAUCCCAGCCUGCUGCUAGUUCCCAGAGCCAGUCCCUCAAUCCCAUUUGGAGCACCCAGACCACCCUGUUGUGCGUGGAGUUCCUGGGACUCAGAGUAGGUCAAAAGCAUCUGUUUGAAGCCUGUGUUGCUGGAGGAGAAGAGGAUCCUACAAGGGCUCUUGGAGCUGUUUGUGCUGGUGCUUCUUGGAGGGCAGAAAUAAGAUUUGAUUUUCUUGGGCUUUUCUUGGCCUGGUCUUUGCCACUGCCCAACAGGAGGCGUUUCAGUGUUCAGGAAAAGUGAGAGUGUGGGCUCAGAUGGGUACAGAAGGAUACCCAGCAGCAGAGAGUAGCUGUAGCAAAGGGUGGGAGACUCGAUGGGGCUGUGUGGGGUCAGCCUUAGAUUCUUUUAAAUCAAGUGAUCAUCUCAGCACAUAACUUGAUGUCAGUUUGAUGCCAUAAAGCACUUUAAAUGGAACUGGUCUUGCCCCUUUUAAUUAUGGUUAUUUGGAGACAAUCAGUUUUUGCCAUUGCUCCCCCCCUCUGUAUCCCCAGCAAAAUCAGAGCUUCAAGUAGGCGUGUUCCUGGUUUGGUUUGGUUUGGCUUUUCCCCGGGAGGGGAGGAAGGGCCAAGCUUUUUGUCUUCUUUUUAGACCAAAGUGGGUGUGAAUCUGUCUAAUCUACAGUCCCACUGCAGAUAGGUUAAGUGGCAGGACAAGAGAACUGGCUUCUGUUGGCUCAGGUACAUCCCCCAGGAGAGCCCAUGUCAGCUUCACCAUCACCUUCCUCGUGGCAGGUAGGGAAGCAGCCCCCCCAGUGGUUUUCCCUCAAUUUCCUUUUCUUUGGAGAAACUUAGUGAAGGAGAUGUGAGGAGAUGCAUCCAAAUACAUGAGGCCCUUUCCCUGCACCAAGGUGUUUGCUGUCCAGGCCACUGUUCACCUCCCAGUGCCCUCCCCAGGACAGGAGCUGUCAUCCCCACUGAGGGUGGACUCUUUCCUCUGGAGGUGUGGCAGCACAGUAAUGCCAUCAGCUUGUGUGGAUUUGCAUCCAGAGAGUCCAAUCACCUUUGCACCUUCCUGGAGUCACUAGGAGACAUCACAGCUGUUGCUGAAACACCCAGUUCCAGUCCUUCCACAUGCCACCUAGUCAGGAGAGAUUCUUCAGGUGCCAAAUCUCAAGGAAGCUGUCUAGGAUGUCUAUGGCAUGGAGCAAGGGAGGAUUGGGCAGGAGACACAGGAGAGUAUCUGCUAAAAUCCCACAAAACAUUCCUUGUUAACCAGAACUCUGGAAAAUAUUGUGCCUGCUGGCCAGGUUUGGGAAUUUAUCAUGAUUUAGGGCAUCCUUUCAAAUAAAAAACCUCCCCUGUUGCUCAUAACUCUUGCUUCAUGUGUCAGAAGGGGCAGCAAUCCACAAUUCUCCAUUGGUGAUACAGCUAACUUUUAAAUAUAGGCGAGCUGAACUGGCCAAAUCUUCUACACCUUGUGCUCUUCAGUCAUGAGAAGUGUAACACCAGCUCCUUUCACACCUGCAUUUCCAGGGCUCUGUGCCCUUUCCUCCCACAUGCAUUUCACUGACACUGAUGCUUUGCCCAAAUAUAGUUCAGCUUCCAUUGCUGGGGGGAGGGGGGAACAGGAUAACACUCACUGCUUUGCAUACAGCUGUGAGCUUUGUAUGUAUUUAAGCUGUCUAUAGGUAUCCAUCCUUUCCAUGCUCUAAAAUAAUGCUACUAUUUUCUUUAUCAAUAUUAAACACUGACUGAAAAAAAAAAGAAAUAAAAAUCUGUGUCCGGUUCAGUUCGCCUAUGGUUAAAGUUUAGCCUGAUGUUUAUUUUGUACUAAUAUGGAAUGCACUUGAGUAAUUCCCAGAACAUUGAGGUGUAUUAUAAUAACCUGAUAUACGUCUGGUUUUGGUUUGUUUCUUACUUAAAAUAAAAAAAAAAAAAAAAAAAGCUUUGCAUUUUCAUGCUGAACCCAUAAAGAAAAAAAGCUGGGAAAAAAGAUUUUUAAAGAAGAGGAUCAAACCUAAUUGCUGUAUGUUAAUUUGUAAUUAUGUAAAAAGUGAGCAGGUUAUUGACUGUACAAUUCUUCAGUUUUUCUGUAACUUGCCAGAUCCAUAAGGGUUUAUAACAAGCUUUUAUUUAUCUUCCUUUUUAGUUAUCAGUAUCAACCUCUUGUAAAGUUUUUCUUCCUCUAAAUAAAUUUGAUUUUAAAUCUG